GGUCUCUAUUUUUAAUCUCUUUUAGAAAGAAAGCAACUCCAUUAGUAUAAACACCACUAAAUCCUCUCUCCUCCUUCAUUAAUUCUCUCUUUUUAGAACCCUAAAAAAUUUUAUUUGUACAACCUUCAAUAACUACUAACGAUUCAAUAAUUUGCCAUGAAACGAGGAUACCCAACUUCACCAUCCAACUCUUCUGCUUCUGGCCCACCGAAAUCCAGAUUGAAACACACCCCUGAAGGUGAGGCGGAUUUUUCUAAUGAUUUUGUUCAGAGAGUGGCUGACCAUUAUAGUGCCAGGACGAAUCAGACUCUGGAAGAACGAGAAGCGAGCCCAAUUAUCCAUUUAAAGAAACUUAACAAUUGGAUAAAAAGUGUCUUAGUUCAACAAUAUACUGCUAAAGGAGAUGCUGUUCUUGAUCUUGCUUGCGGGAAGGGUGGUGAUCUCAUCAAAUGGGAUAAAGCAAAGGCUGGAUAUUAUGUUGGCAUUGACAUAGCUGAAGGCUCGAUGGAAGAUUGCCGGACGCGUUACAAUGGUGAUGCAGACCACCAUCAACGUCGCAAAAAGUUCACUUUCCCUGCCCGCCUUAUAUGCGGGGAUUGUUUUGAGCUUCAGUUGGAUGAAGUCCUGGUGGAUGAUGCUCCUUUUGAUAUUGUCAGUUGUCAGUUUGCCUUGCACUAUUCAUGGUCAACAGAGGCACGUGCACGGAGAGCAUUGGCCAAUAUAUCAGCCAUACUUAGGCCUGGAGGAACCUUCAUUGGAACAAUGCCAGAUGCCAAUGUUAUCAUAAAAAAACUUAGAGAAGCUGAAGGACUGGCCUUUGGUAAUAGUGUGUACUGGGUAAGAUUUGAUGAAGAGUUUUCUCAGAAGAAAUUCAGAUCUUCUAGCCCAUUUGGUAUCAAGUACUACUUCCAUUUAGAGGAUGCUGUUGAUUGUCCUGAAUGGAUUGUGCCCUUCCAUGUCUUCAAAGCUUUGGCAGAAGAGUAUGACUUUGAGCUGAUUUUUGCUAAGAAUAAUCAUGAGUUCGUGCAUGAGAAUAUGAAGAAACCAGAAAAUGUUGAGUUAAUGCGAAGACUCGGUGCUUUGGGUGAUGGGAACCAAGACCUUAGCACGCUUUCACCAGAUGAAUGGGAAGUAGCUUAUCUAUACUUGGCCUUUGUCUUGAAAAAGCGAGGUCAACCAGAUCGGACACCAGUCAAAAGUAAAAGAGACAAAGGAAAGAUGCAUCUGGAAAAGGAGGACAUUUUGUACAUUAGUAGCGAGGUAUAAUCAGAGAACCAUGCAGAAUGGUUGCGCUUCAAUGGGUGAUUCCCCCCCGCCCUGAAAAUGACGAUGGCCAUCUGCCUGUGCUUGUUUCACGAGCUUCCAGUGUAUUCAUGUAACCUGCACAAUUUUGUAGAUUGAAAUAAGACAUUUCAAGUGCCAAUUUUAUGGUUCUUGAUCUCUGCAUUCUAAGGACGAUGAAAUAUAAAUAGUCGAGCCAGGUAAAAUAUACUGAUGGCACCAAAGUGGUGCAUUGAUAGCAUAAAUACCUUGACGAUAACUCCAUGAAUUGAAGUGGAAUUAUAUUGAGACACAGCAACUCAAUUGUUCAAGAAAUAUAAAUAAGAGUAGGAUAUAUUCUUGUCAA